AUGGUCGAUUAUAUAUGUGAUUUUUUGAAACAACACUCUUCUUAUGAUGUAUUGCCAGUAAGCUAUAGGUUAAUAGUUUUAGAUACUAGCUUACUUGUAAAGAAAGCUUUGGCUGCAUUAAUGCAAAAUGGAGUUGUAUCAGCACCGCUUUGGGAUUCAAAUAAUCAAAAGUUUGCUGGAAUGCUGACAGUAUCCGAUUUCAUUAACCUAAUCCAUUAUUAUUACAAGCAUUCAUCUUAUACCGUUGCGUUAGAAGAAAUUGAACAAUUUCAAAUACAACAAUUAAGAGAUGUGGAAAGUCGGUUGGGUUCACCACCGCCACAAUUGUUGUCAAUAAAUCCUCUAAAAUCAUUAUAUGAAGCUUGUAAAUUAUUGGUGGAAGCUCGUGCCCAUCGAUUACCAUUGGUCGAUGUUGAUUCUGAGACUGGCCAAGAAAUGAUCGUAUCUGUAUUAACACAAUAUAGGAUACUUAAAUUUAUAGCAAUGAACUGCAAAGAAACGAAAGAUUUUCGAAAGCCACUCUCAGAAAUAAAUAUUGGAGUAUAUAAUGACAUUGCUACUGCAAGAAUGUCUACUCCUGUCAUUGAAGUUGUAAAUAUUUUUGCGGAGAGACGAAUCUCUUCAGUACCCAUAAUCGAUGAAAAUGGUGUUGUGUUGAAUGUAUAUGAAGCAGUUGAUACAUUACUCCGUGCUGGAGCGUAUCAUGGAUUGGAUAUUCCCAUUGGAGAAGCGAUAUCAUGGAGAUCAGAGGAUUUUCCCGGAGUUCAUACUUGUACUCUUAACGAUUGCCUUCACUCAAUAUUUGAUUUAAUAAAGCAAGCUCCGGUAUAUCGCUUAAUUGUUGUUGAUUCGGAAAAUAAAUUGAAAGGAAUCGUUUCUUUAUCCGAUAUUAUGCGUUAUUUAGUGUUUAAUGUAAAGUUAACCUACGCAAUGGGUAAUGGAUAUGGAUUUGAAAAACUAAUUAAUACGUUAAAAUCAGCGCAAAAAGAAAAGGUCAGGCAAUUUAUGACCUUUACAAAUGCCAGAGAAUUUAACUGGAACGUAGAAGUUGCAGUAGAUGCUUUCUUCAACGAUCAACCUAGCUCCUGGAGAUCUUUUGGCGCUUCGCAAAAUUCUGGAAAUCCAGAUGUUUACAAACUCAAUCAAAUAUUCUCAAAAUAUAAAGAUAAAGAUGAAGAUGCCAUUUUAGUAGAUGGAAUGUUAGAAUAUUGCACCGAUUUACACGUUGCACCCGAGGAUGUUGUUAUGCUUGUUAUGGCAUGGAAUCUUGAAGCUGAUAAAAUGUGUGAAUUUAAACGCCAAGGAUUUAUCAAUGGAUGGACAAAAUUAAGAUGCGAUUCAAUUGAGAAAAUGCGCGCUGCGAUACCUCGACUUCGAGCAUCAUUGAAUGAUGAAGCCACAUUUAAAGAGAUUUAUCAAUUUACAUUUAAAUUUGGAUUAUCUGAAAACCAAAAAUCCUUGAGUCUUGACGUCGCGAUAGAAUUCUGGCGGAUGUUAUUGAGUGAUCGCUGGCCACAUCUUGAAAUAUGGAUAGAGUUUGUCAAGGAGAAACAUGGAAAAUCGAUCUCUAAGGAUACAUGGAAUCUGCUGCUAGAUUUUAUCAAACAGAUCAACGUCGAUCUUUUAAAUUACGAUGCUGAAGGUGCUUGGCCUGUUCUUAUUGAUGAGUUUGUGGAGUAUGCCAGAGAAAAAUUGCAAUUACCAGCACCUUAA